AUGAAUUCUACAGGAACUAAUGAAGACCUGUCUACAUUCAAUGCAUCCACGACCCCAAUGACUCAGGACAGAAUUGAGUACAACUUCAUCCGAUGCAUCCUGCUCAGUAUAACAACAAUUCUACUUCUGACCCUCAACCCGCUGUGUCUUGUGGUCCUGAGGCAUGUCUGCAGCAUCCAGGAAACAACCAAGAUAUUCCUCAGAUCCAUGACGGUUGCUGAUCUCGGGGUGGGACUCUUCCGGGCUCUCCCAAUGACUGUGUUAGUGAUUUCUGAGACUGAGCAUAUCGGUGAUGCGCUUUGCAAAGUGCUGUCAUUUGUCGACUGCAUCCUAAGCUUCAGUCCCCAGAUGUCACUCCUGCUGCUGACUGUGGAUCGCUACAUUUCAGUGGUGCAUGCUUUGCGCUACCCAUCUCUUUGCUGA